AUGUACUCGUUUGGCGUCAUCCUCUCUGAGUUUGCGACGCAUCAAGUGCCGUACGCCGACCUGCGCCACCCGGACACGGGUCAUCCUGUGAACCAACUCUACGUGAUGAACCACGUGCGGGGCGGCACGCUGCGCCCAACCUUUGACGGUGAAGGCGUGCCGACGUGGGUCCAGGACAUUGGUCAACAGUGUCUUUUGCAAGACAAAGAGAGUCGCCCGACUGCGCUGGAGGUGUCAGCGAUGCUGAGCCGCUUCGAGCCGUGA